AUGGCAACAGUGAGAGGAGGUCUGCGAACGGUUUCUUGGGCCUCACGGCUCUUGGUCCCAAGAAGACCUCUUGCGACGUGCCUCUCUAGGAGAAAUGGCGGCCAAUUUUUCGUUGUGCGGCCUCGCUGCUAUGCGACGGCCUCAUCCGCAGAGAGCUUCAAGAAGCCUUAUUAUGUGACAACGCCCAUAUUUUAUGUCAAUGCAGCACCGCACGUUGGACAUUUCUACACGAUGGUCAUUGGGGAUAUCUUGAAGAGGUGGCAGGUGCUUCUUGGACACACAGACGCCCAAUUGUUAACAGGAACCGAUGAACAUGGAAUGAAGAUCCAGCAAGCUGCACUUGCCGCGGGAAUGGAUACGCAAGCUUUCUGCGAUAUGAACUGCAGGACAUUUCAGGAACUGGCUAAGGCAGCCAAUCUUAGUCACGAUCAUUUCAUACGAACGACAGAUGCAGCACACAAAGAGGCAGUACAAUAUUUCUGGGAGAUGCUUAGUCACAGAGGCUACAUAUACACUGACAAACACGAAGGAUGGUACUCUGUCAGUGAUGAGACGUUCUACCCACAAUCCCAGGUGCAAAUGGCAUUGGACCCGAGCACGGGAAGGAAGAGAAUGGUCUCGGUCGAGACAGGCAAAGAAGUAGAGUGGUCCUCUGAGACGAACUACCACUUCCGUCUCUCCGCUUUCAAAGAUCGGCUGCUCAAAUUCUACGAAGAGAACGGAUCAUGGAUAAAACCGAACCCGUAUAUGGCUGAUGUCGUGAAGUCCGUGUCUAGUGGUUUGCAGGACCUCUCUAUCUCCAGGCCCGUCGAGCGGUUAACGUGGGGUAUUCGAGUGCCUGGAGACGACACGCAAACAAUCUACGUAUGGCUGGAUGCCCUCAUCAAUUACCUAACGAAGGCCGGUUACCCAUUCCCUCCUGGGCAUGAAAAUAAACACGGAUGGCCAGCAGAUGUUCACGUGGUGGGGAAGGACAUUGUUAGAUUCCACUGCGUCUACUGGCCGGCUUUCCUUAUGGCGCUUGAUCUCCCCCUACCGAGAAAUGUGCUCACUCACGGUCAUUGGACCAUGAACCGGGAAAAGAUGUCCAAAUCCACGGGAAACGUAGUGAAUCCUUUCUUCGCUAUUGACCGGUUUGGCGUUGAUACUAUGCGUUUCUUUCUUGCGUAUCAAGGAGCGCUGGCGGGUGAUGCGGACUACGACAACGAGUAUAUCAUCCGCGAUUAUAAGAAGAUGCUGCAGUGGGGAAUAGGCAACUUGAUGCACCGCACGAUGGGAUGUGCGAAGUGGAACUUGCGUCCAUUCGUCGCUGCAGCUGCGAUUGAUGAGCUUCCACCAGCUACUGCUCUCGAUGAGGAGCACCAGUCAAUGCUCGAGCAAUCCCCCACUAAGGUUGCGGAACACAUGGAAAACUUGAACCCCAGAGCUGCUCUUCGUGAGAUAAUGACAAUCAUAGAAAAGACCAACAAAUAUUUCCACGCGGCAGAGCCGUGGAGCGCUCCGGCAGAGUCCCAACGAAUCAUCUACAAUGUCAGCGAGUCUCUGCGAAUCUCUGGGAUUUUAUUGCAACCCUUUAUGCCCAGUAAAUCCCAGGAGCUGUUAGAUAUUCUGCGUGUAGACACGUCAGACGUGUCGAAACGGUCCUUUUCGGCCUCAAAGUUCGGGUCAGAUCUGGACUACGGAGACAAGGUAAAACGGAAGGUCCUUUUCCCUCCAUUGGUUAUUGAAGAAUAA